AUGAAGAACACCUCAACUGGGGCUCCAGCAAUAAAAUUUGAAUAUUUUGAUCAAUUCAAUGAUAUGUUUGGUAAAAAGCCCAACAUUACUCCUAUUGCAAUUGCAUCAUCGAGUAAAGGAAAUGAAAGAAAGGAUAGCACUGAAAUAGAAGAGUCAACAAACGCCAUUCCAAUAUUUGGUGAUGACAAAACCAAAGGGAAGUGCCAACCAAAAUUAAAAAAAAGAAAAACCAAAGCAGACAGAUUUUUGGAACAUAUGGAAAGUAUGUCAGAAAAAAGAGAAGACAGUAAGAAACCAAGACAUGACGAGAUGAUAGCCAUGCAAAGAAAAACUACAAAAAUAUUUGCCCAAAAAAUGGACAAAUUGAUUAACAAACUAUAA